CCAAAGCCUGCCUCCACGUCACGCGAACUCCACACGUGCCACGUCAUAAAUGUUCCCUCACGCGCCCAUCUCUUCAGCCCUUAGCUUAGGAGCUAUUCCCCCAUCCUCACGCGCAUCCCCUUCAGUAGCACACAGCCACAGGGCGAGAGAGAGAGAGAGAGAGAGCAAAGCAAUUGUGAAGGGCUGUACAAGAUGUUUGCAGCAUAGAUCUGAAGUGGGGAAGGGCAUGGAUUGCAGGUUUUGUGGAUUCUGCAACAUCCUAGUAAAAGGUGCCCCAAGUAUAUAUCUUUCACUUUGGGCAUAUUGACUUGAUAAUGGCAGAUGGAUUAUCGAGCUUCUGGGGUCCUGUCACAUCUCCCGAGUGGUGUGAGAAAAAUUAUGUCUACUCAUCUUAUAUUGCAGAGUUUUACAACACCAUAUCAAACAUCCCAUGCAUCCUUCUGGCAAUCAUUGGCCUUAUAAAUGCCUUGAAACAACGGUUUGAAAAGAGGUUUAGUGUCCUUCACUUAUCUAAUAUGGCACUUGCCAUUGGGAGCAUGCUAUACCAUGCUACAUUGCAGCGUGUGCAACAGCAAGGCGAUGAAACGCCGAUGGUAUGGGAGAUGCUCCUGUACAUCUACAUCCUUUACUCUCCAGAUUGGCACUAUCGAAGCACAAUGCCCACCUUUUUGUUUCUUUAUGGGGCUGCAUUUGCUGUCGUCCAUGCACUGGUUCGUUUUGGAGUCGGUUUUAAGGUACAUUACGCGAUACUGUGUCUUCUCUGCAUCCCUCGGAUGUACAAGUACUACAUCCACACGCAGGAUAUGUGUGCGAAGCGACUUGCAAAGUUAUACUUGGCUACCCUAUUCCUUGGGACUCUUUGUUGGCUUUUUGAUCGGCUGUUGUGUGAGAACAUUGCUGGAUGGUACCUUAACCCACAGGGUCAUGCUUUUUGGCACGUCUUUAUGGGCUUCAAUUCUUAUUUUGCAAACACAUUCUUGAUGUUCUGCCGUGCUCAGCAGCUGGGGUGGAAUCCGAAAGUAGUUCAUUUCAUGGGACUUUGCCCCUACGUGAAGAUCCAAAAGCCAAAGACCCAAUAAAUGAAGUUGCCCUGUGCAAGAAAAUGGAUUAAUCUCUCUCUGGUUUUAAGAUAGGUGUAUGGUUUUUAGUAGGUCAGCAAUAUCAAUCACAAUUCUUUUCUUCCCGUUUUCCUUAAUGGAUGUAAAUGAUUCUUGCUACUGACGUGCCUGAUUGGUUUAUGGUUAAUCUUAAAUUGCCAA